AUGAGAUUAUUCUUGUUACUAUUCACAACAUUCCUUAUCAGAGCAUAUUAUUGUGUUUCUCCAAAUUCGAAAGGAGAUGACAAGCCUCUUCCAACAUCACAAGAGAAACAGAAUCUAACAAAGACAAGUACUGGAGCUAAACCUGUUCAAGGUGUUGAACAACGUCCUCAGAGGCAACAACAAACAGUAGCUUCAUCUACUCCUAAACCAGAAGAGCUUACUUCUCUAUCUGAUCUCAAAUCAAAGGUUGACGCUCCUAUAUUAAAGGUAGGGGAAUAUGACUUUUCAGCUCUAAAGUCCAAAGCAGACUCCACUAUAUUUGAUGCAGUUGGAGAUUAUGAAGGCGAACUUCCAGUUUUAAGGUUGACACCUAAGGUCGGGGUCACAGCGAAAAGACUUGUGUUUGAUGGACAGACACUUUGGACAUGUCAAGGUCCCAAUGAUGCAUGUUUAUCGGCCAUCUUCUACCUGGGACAAAGUGGGCCCGUGGCUGCUACAUACAGCGUUAAGGGAAGAAAGGUAUUCGAAGGCUACCGUAAAUUUUCAGGUGGACAAUGGACUUCAGUAAAUAAGGAAGGACUUGAUGAGUUACUUGAAGAACUCAAAAAAGACUUAGGAGAUGCUAAAAAGUCUGAUGAGGAUAAGGCAAAACAUCUUCCUGAAGCAACUGAACCUAAGAAUACUCCUAAAGAAUCUCCUGAAGAUAUAUCUCAAGAACAUGGAAAUGAAAUAGGAAAAGAGAAUCAUGACUUAUCUGAUGAUACACAUAAAGAGAAUCCCACUACUCCACUUUCUCAGCCAGCGGUAGCUAAACCUCCUGCUAAAGGACCUCCUAGUGGACAAACCGCUAACUCUGAUCAAAAGGCUAAAGAUACUCUUGAAUCUCUCCAGCAAACAGAGACUGCUCCACAUGAUCAGCAAACUCCUACUGUUAAACCUAAAUCUCAGAAAACAGUGUCUCCUGGUACUCAACUAACUGAAGCUAAGCAGGAGCAAAAGCCGGCUGCAAACCUCCAAGGUACUUCCGAGAAUGUUCAAGUACAAGAGGAGGCUAAAGAGGAACAGUCACUUACCCAAAGUACUCCAAAAACUACCAAGGAGAAUGUAAAAGAGAAGUGUAAGCCUGCUGAUAAAUAUGUUUCCUCUAAACCACUAGGUCCAGCUGUUUUGGAUAUUACUAAAUUGGACAGUUCCAAAUUUAGUUCCUUUGAGUACAUAUAUGAUGAUAACCUAACCCAACUAAUUGCUCCAAAUAAGGAUACUACUGUUACAAGGUUAAUGAAUGAUAAGGAAGAAGUGUGGACUCCUGGAGAGAAUGAAGAAUUUGGCUACGCAAGAGUCUAUCUAGAUGAGAACAGGGAGCCAAGAGUCAUCAAUGUUGCAAGUACAAUUUCUUCAAGGAUAGAAUACAACUACUUUGCAAAGAAUGGAACCAAAUGGGAAUGUGCAAGAGACCAUGCCGAAAAGUUGAAAGCUCUAAAGGUCGUUCCAACUAGCAAAUCUGACAUCUCCAUUGAUUUAGAGAGAGAAGAGGACACAGAUGAAUGUAGAGUACUAAACGUUGAACUCAUGAAUGUACCAACACGGUUUCACUUACCCAUGCCAGAGUAUCAUGCCAAUGAAGUAAGGUAUGUUGAAGAUCUUCUAUGGGCUGCCUCCGGUAAUGAAAGGUGUAAAUCUUGUGCUAUAUACUCCAAGAAUGAUGUUCGUCUGCUCGCUAUUUUUAUAAAGAAAGGUGACGACUUGGAACAUAAAUAUUUUGAGAAAGUAGAUGAAACAUGGAAAGAUCUCACUCAUGAGGCUUUCUUCAAGAAGUAUAAUGAAAUGAGAAAUGCCUAG